AUGAGUGCGUCGCAACCAAUCUUAAUCUACGCCGAACUUCUAGCCAAUAUACGCCAAGUCUCCGUUGUAUGCCUAUUGCCUACACCAAGUCGGGAGUCAACUAGUGCUAUUAUCUCAUCUGAUAGCUUAGUGUUCACAAUUCACCACGAUGAUAUAGAGACAUCUGUCCGUCUUCCAGGAAAACUCAAUGUAUACAGCCCGCCCCGAGAGCAAAUACUGCCACAACAGAAGUUAGGAUCGAGAUACCUUCCCUGGAGGUUACCUCUAGCAACUACCCCAGGACACUAUGCCGUAUCUGCGUUAGAGGACCAGACCGUUCCAUGGUCUGCGAAUGAUCUCCAACCUGAGUCAUCUGUUACAUGCAGAACAUGUCGUGCUCCAAUUGUCGAAUCUGGUACCAUAAAAGUAUGGAAAGACCUCCCAAGUGAGAAUUGGGCCGAAAUGAUGGAAUUCUGGCACUGCCAUAAACCUCACGACCAUGGACACGGACAUGAACACGACAACGAUGGCCUCACUUCAAAAGGGUAUGGUGCGAGUUCUAGAAUCUCAGCUCAACCCGGUGUCGGGUUUGUGGAUCUCACUUCAUUCUUGCUAUCGGAGACGGAUCUUUCUGCAUCUAAUAUAAUAAAAGGCCCAUCUCCAUUAGAGUUACACAAGGGACCUGAAAAUCAAGUUGAAUUGGCUAAGAAUGGACAAUCGCAUCAUUCACAAGUCGAAAGUUUACCAGUUUUCUGCAAAUAUUGUAAGAGUCAACUGGGAGUACUAAACAACCAAGAUUCAUCUGUCUCCUUGUUCAAAUGGCAAAUCCAUGCAAAUGAGCAGAUUCAACGAGAUAUAAAUAACUCUCCGAGUCUUUCUCACUGCAUCAGUGCAAUGCUCCUGGCAACGAUGGCCCGCUCGGGCUGUUCUAAAUCCAUUAUACUGCCGAUGAAAUCACAAGAGCAGCUAACCCGGGACAAGCCACAAAGCGAUGAAAAACACCAGUCACUGCUAAACGUUUGGGUUUUUAAUAGUAAUAUUACCUUCUCUUCGACCGAGGAGAUAAGAUCGCCCAUUAAAGCAGUCAAGGUAUUUUACCGUAUGGUUAGUCAGGAUGAAGCAGACAAACUGCUAGAUUCUAUGAUAUCGGAUGUACAAGAUAUCACUCUGCCAACUGAUGCUAUCGAAAAGGUCAUUGAUAUUCUGAGCAACAGCAAUGGCUUGUUACCUCCGAAUGAUCGUCAGCUCAAGGAAUGGAAAGUUGGUCUCUUAGAGAAGUGGGAUGGAAAAGGUCCCUUAAUCUCUUCGUAG